GAAGAAGAAAAGAGGCUACACGUGUGUACGGAGUCCAGGCGGACAUACUUUGGAUAAUUGUUGCAAAUUUGGAUUUCUGGCUGUUUAAGUUGAAUAAAAACUCGUAAAAAUGCCGAAGGUUAAGGCGGAGAAGAAAAGCCGGCAACACCAAGAGGUUAAGAACCAAGGGAUCAUGUUCAACACCGGCAUCGGUCAGCACAUCCUGAAGAAUCCUCUGGUUGUCAAUGGGAUCAUUGAAAAGGCUGCUCUGAGGCCGACAGAUGUGGUUCUGGAGGUGGGACCUGGUACUGGCAACAUGACUGUUAAACUGCUGGAAAAAGCCAAGAAGGUGGUGGCCUGUGAGUUGGACUGCAGACUGGUGGCUGAGCUUCAGAAGAGAGUACAGUGCACGCCCUUACAGACCAAACUCCAAAUAUUAGUUGGAGAUGUAUUGAAGACAGAUCUGCCUUUCUUUGACAUCUGUGUGGCUAAUUUACCGUAUCAGAUUUCAUCACCAUUCGUCUUCAAACUCCUGCUCCACCGACCUUUCUUCAGGUGUGCUGUGUUGAUGUUCCAGAGAGAGUUUGCUAUGCGACUGGUUGCCAAACCUGGAGACAAGCUGUACUGCAGACUGUCCAUCAACACACAACUUCUGGCUCGUGUAGACCAUCUCAUGAAGGUUGGGAAGAAUAAUUUCCGCCCUCCUCCAAAAGUGGAGUCAAGUGUUGUCAGGAUAGAACCGAAGAAUCCUCCUCCUCCAGUUAACUUCCAGGAGUGGGACGGUCUGGUCAGAAUAGCCUUCGUGAGGAAAAACAAAACCCUCAGUGCAGCUUUCAAAUCUACUGCAGUGGAACAGCUGCUGGAGAAGAACUACAGAAUUCACUGUUCUGUUCACAACGUGGAAAUCCCAGCCGACUUCAGCAUCAGCAAGAAAAUUGAGAGCGUUUUGCAGGAGGCUGAGUUCAGCGAGAAGAGAGCCCGGUCCAUGGACAUCGAUGACUUCAUGGUGCUGCUGCAUGCCUUCAACUCUGCAGGGAUCCACUUCUCCUAAACAGCAGAGGGCGCUGAUGAGAAAAGCUUGAUGACUCCCGCCUCCAUGAUGAAAAGGAGAAGCUGGUGGUCAGAUGACAACAAACAAAAAAAAACAUAGUCUGACUGAUGUGCUUCCUUCUGGAGGACCACUUGAAGGAACUGAAUUUCAAAUGUUGAAGCAGGUGGUUGAAUUUACAAAGAAUAUUAUAGAUAUUUAAGCGGCUCAUAUUGAGUGCUGUUUUACACCUGUGAGAAUAUAUUCAGUGUCACCGGGAUAAAUGGGCAGAUGGAGGCUUGGGCUGCGUUCCAGAUCGUGUACUUUUUUUAUACUGUUACAUGCAGUAUGUGUACAAAACGAACACAUUAUUUGUCGUGAUAUUGUGCCUUAAGCUCCAGCCAUCUUGCUCAUACAUCCUCUGCAGUCUGAAAUGAGCUUUCGUCUCUUUGUGUGCUCUUGACGGCUUAAACUCGUUUGUACUCACACAGACACGGCGACGUAUCUUCUGCUGUGCUGAAGAUUGUGGGUCAGAAUGGAAAGAAAGGCAUGUUGGGUCGCAUAAGUUGCAAAAGUGAAUCUAGCAGGACUUCUUGGUAUUUUUUAGAAUAUUUCAUUUCAAACACUAGGAUGUCAGUGAGAAUACGUAAUGGAUGAUUAUUUUAAUCGAAAAGCAACCUCAAGCUUUUUAAACUACACAAAAUUACCUCCUUGUGGAAAUGGUAAAUAUUUAACAAGUGUGAAUGUGUGCAGCAGUUUGUUAAAAUAAAUUGUCCACAAGCGUU